UUUCGUGGAAAAAGAAACCGAGAAAGGGCCGGUCAAGCACUCUCUCAUGGUCAGGAGUCUAUUGAGCCAAUAGCACUAAAUUGCAGUCCUCAAGUCGUCGCCAAGUUGGACAAAAAUGGCCGGCCUUCUUUGACCCGUCGGCCCUCUCUCUUUUCCUCUCUUUUCUUCUCCAAUCCCAUCCAAACGUUUUUUUCUGCAAAAAUCCAUCUCCAUUCACACACCUUUUUACAAUUUUCCCAGAAAAAUUAUUGGGUAAUUAUUUUUAUAUAAAUCGUAUGUUGCACUUAUUUUUUUGUUGACCGGGAAAGUCUUUGUCUUUGUGGAAAAAGAAGGAAGCUUUGCUGUGGAUUCAAGAACCCUUCUCCGGGAUCUUUGAUUCAUCAGUGUUUUCUGCAAGAGAAUUAUGUCAGGGCUUGGUGUUUGCUAAUGCUGGGGUUUUGUGGAAUUCAGUCUUCUUGAGCUCUGGUAAUAAUAAAAAAUAGCGAAUUUAGGCGAUUUUGAUGGCUUUUUCAAUGUAUAUGGUAUUGAAUGGACGAGAUCCUGGUAUUUUCGUUGGUGCUGUGGUCUGGUUAUUACUCAGUUGUAGUUUGAGCUCUGCCGUUGAGAGUGAUAUCAACUGCUUGAAAAGUCUAAAAGCAACACUUCAGGACCCUUUAGGUUACCUAAAAUCUUCAUGGGAUUUCAACAAUGACACAGAAGGUUUCAUCUGUAACUUUCUGGGAAUCGAGUGUUGGCACCCUCACGAGAGCAAAGUUUUAAAUAUCAAGCUUUCGGAUUUGGGACUCAAGGGCCCGUUUCCUCAUGGUAUAGCGAAUUGUACAAGCUUAACAGGAUUAGAUCUUUCGAGCAACAAGCUCAGUGGACCUCUUCCUGAAGAUAUCGGUAGAAUUAUUUCGUACAUUACAACUCUUGAUCUCUCUUCUAACAGCUUCUCAGGGCAAAUCCCAACAAAUAUUACCAAUUGUAGCUAUCUGAAUGUGCUUAAGCUUGACAGCAACCAGUUCACGGGUAACAUCCCUCUAGGCAUUGGCCAGCUCAGUAGGAUGAAAACAUUUAGCGUGGCAAACAAUCAGCUUUCUGGCCAAGUCCCAGACUUCGGUUCCAAUCCUGGAAUUACAGCAGAAAGUUACGCAAACAAUGUUGGACUUUGUGGGAAGCUUCUGAAUCCGUGCCGGGGAGCUCAAAAGAAGUCUAACAGCGUAGUUAUUGUGGCAGCUGGUGUUGGCGGUGCAACGUUUGCAGGACUAGUUGUGAUUAUUGCCUUGGUCUUCUUUAUGCGUAGAGUGUCUGCAAAGAAGAAGGAAGAGGACCCUGAAGGAAACAAGUGGGCUAAGAGUUUGAAGAAAACGAAAGCCGUCAAGGUUUCCAUGUUUGAGAAGUCGCUUUCUAAGAUGAAGCUGAGUGAUCUCAUGAGGGCCAGCAACAGUUUCUGCAAGGACAAUAUCAUUGGGACAGGAAGAACUGGAACAAUGUACAAAGCAGUGCUCGAUGACGGCACUCCACUUAUGGUCAAGAGGUUGCAGGAAUCUCAACACUCUGAGAAAGAGUUUCUGUCUGAGAUGGCUACUUUGGGAAAUAUAGGGCACCGUAACUUGGUUCCUCUUUUAGGUUUUUGCACGGCAAAGAGGGAAAGGCUUUUGGUCUAUAGGUACAUGCCUAAUGGUACCCUCCACGAUCAGCUACAUCCUGCAGAUGCUGAAGGUGCAAAGAUCAUGGACUGGCCAACUAGGCUUAAAAUUGGGAUAGGGGCAGCUAGAGGAUUAGCGUGGCUCCACCAUAACUGCAAUCCUCGAAUUAUCCACCGAAACAUAAGCUCCAAAUGCAUCUUAUUGGAUGCAGAUUUUGAGCCCAGAAUAUCUGAAUUUGGGCUAGCUAGGCUCAUGAAUCCAAUUGAUACACAUUUGAGUACUUUUGUGAAUGGGGAGUUUGGUGAUCUGGGAUAUGUUGCUCCCGAGUAUGCACGAACUCUAGUGGCCACUCCAAAGGGAGAUGUUUACAGUUUCGGAACUGUACUCCUUGAGUUGGUGACUGGUGAGAGGGCUACCCACAUUUCUAAAGCCCCUGAAGACUUCAAAGGAAAUUUGGUGGAAUGGAUUAUGCAACUGUCAAGUAAAUCUCAACUCCUGGAUGCGCUAGACAAAUCUUUGGUCGGGAAGGGUGUGAAUGAUGAGCUUUUCCAGUUUCUUAAAGUUGCGUGCAACUGUGUAGGGCCUAUUGCCAAGGAGAGGCCUACAAUGUUUGAAGUAUACCAGCUUCUAAGGGCCAUAGGGGAGAAAUAUCACUUCACAGUCGAAGAUGAGAUGAUGAUGCCAACAGACAAUGGCGAUGGUGAUGCUUCAGGUGAACUUAUUGUUGCUCGAGGGAUGGUUGAGAUGACCUGAAAAAAGGUAAGAGUUUAUUAGUAUAUGGUCAGUACCCUUCUGUAAUUAUCUGUUUUUGUGUACUGUAAUAAGCAUUAUUUAUACAUAUAUGAUUUACGCUUUAGUUAACAUUUGGAACUGCUUUUUUCGACAUACAAAUGUAAAAUCAUCAUGUUAGAAUCUUUUCAUGUGUAAUGUGAGUCCCUUAUAACCCAACUUGGUUAGUAAAUUUGUGGGGUAUUUGUGUAGUUGCAUUUGUAUUAAAUGUAUUAUUUCCGAUAGGAGGAAGAUGACGCCGAGAUUCUGUUCUUCA